CGCCGCCGCAUCGCACCCCGGAGCCGCGAAUCAUGUCUGCCAGGUGUUGUAGUCCAACCACCAAGCUCCAAGGACUUCUCUUAUUAUUGUUCAUCCUCGGAUUUUCAUAUGAGGUUGACGGCCAGGCGCUUUUCUUCCGAAAUGAUUUAUCGAAGCAAAGUCCUGGAGACGGCACUCGACUGUCGCGCCAAGCCCAAACAGAUCUCACCGUUCGGACGAUAAUUGAUUGGUUGCAAGGCAGAUAUACCAAUCCUGCAAGAAGAGGAGUUCAAGACUCCACCUUGUCUCAGUCAGAACCAGCACGUACGUAUCUACCAGUUCCAGUCCCUGGCUCAGAGCGGCCUCGACCAUUCCAGCCAAACCCAACGGCCACACCACCACCGUCUAGACCAUUCUACCCGUUUGGUGGACAGAACAAUGGUCAGUAUCCUCAGUUACCGCCUCCUCAGCCCCCAUUCGGUGAGGGACCACAGACGAGUCAAUCAUCUGGCGUUUAUCUGCCUCCAUCAACGGAGGCGUUUCCGCCGUACAUACCUCCAGUAACGACGACGACGACGACGACGACGACACCAGCACCGGAAGAAAAUUUGGUGCCCAGUGGUCCUGGUACCGGUGAUGGAGAGGUCACAGGUGGAGGGGAAGUCGUUCCCACUGGUGAAGGUGAGACAGGACCUGGCGUUGGUCCCACAGGUGGUGACGAGAUGCCUACCGUUAUUCCAACUGACGGUGCCGAGGUGCCAACAGUUAGUCCAACAGGCGGCGCUGACGUGAUUGGAGACACAGGUACAGGAUCCACGGAAAUCCCAACUGGAUCAACUGAAGAUGAGGCCCAUCCUCCACACAUACAUUCCAUUGAUGUAGUGUGUUCAAAGGAAGAGAUGACCAUCAACAUUGAGUUCAACAGGCCCUUCAAUGGCGUUAUAUAUUCAAAGAACUAUUACCGUAAUCCUGCCUGCCGUUAUGUGGCACCAAACAGUGGUCAGACAAAAUAUUCUUUCACUGUUAAACUAAAUGAUGAAUGUGGCACACAAUUUAUAGAUAAAUUUAAGGAAGGGGGCCAGGCAUACUUAGAGAAUGUGCUGGUUCUUCAGAAUGAACCAGGUAUCCAAGAAGUAUGGGACACAGCACGAAGAGUGAGAUGCUUGUGGGAAGGCUCUAUUAAACAGUCCUUAAAUGUGAAUCUAAAUGUUGACAUGCUCAAUCAGGAGACUGUGACAUUUAGUGGAGACACAGGGAAAGCACGUCUUGAAAUUCAGGUUGGUAAAGGGCCAUUUGCUCCACCAGCAAGCGGUCUUGUGAAAAUUGGGGAAACAAUGACACUCGUUGUUUAUGUUGAAGGCGAUCCUGGAUUUGAUAUAAGAGUGCAGCAAUGUGUUGCAAGGGAUGCAAAUAGUGACAAUGUUGUAGAACUGACAGAUGAAAGAGGCUGUAUCUUGAAGCCUAAAUUAAUUGGUGCCUUCCAGAAGACUAAAGACACAGGAUCUAGUUCUGCUUCAGUGAUUGCAUACGCAUAUUUUCAAGCAUUCAAAUUCCCAGAUAUAAUGGAUCUCAUCUUUGAGUGUAAUGUUGAGCUGUGCAAAGUGGAGUGUGAAGGAUGUCCUACUCCAGGACAGAGUCUAAACCCCAUAUCUCGUAGAAGGCGAGACCUGUGGACUGACAAUUCCACAGAUGGGGAGCCACUCAAGGUUUUUCGUUCAUUCAGGGUGAUUGCUCCUGAAGACAUUGAUGACUUGGAUGCUCUUACUGGAUCUCGUUCAACAGUUAUAAAUAUUGGUUCAUAUUCAGAUGGCAUUUGUAUGUCAAUGCCUGCGUUCCUCGUGGUUUCUGUCUUGCUGUUAACAGUACUGGUCACUUCCUGCCUCACCACAGCUUACCUCUGGCUCAAACGACAGAGAAAAUCCAGCGAAAACAAUGUUGAAGAUAAGAAGUGGCGGAUGGAUGCAUAUCAUGUCUCAAAAUCAUAAAGCAUGCCAAUGACAUUGAUAAUUGCUUCAAGAUUAUUUCAUCCUUGGAGCCAGCAAAAGAGAUGACUGACUGGCUGAAAUUGUUAUCAUCAUUCCUGUGACUUACUCUAUGGAAUAAACAUGAACAAUGAUUUCAGUCUUGAUUGUGAGACUCAGCAAGAAAUUUUUUUAUCAAAUGUUACUUGCAGAAACAAUUAUAAAACAUUGAUGGUCUUAAGCAUGCAUGUAAGUGUCAAGUGUGUUGAGUUGGACUUUGUAUUCAGUAUACUACCUUCCAUUAAAUAACAUUUUUUUAAAGAAACGUAUUUGACAGUUGAGGUCUCUAAGAAGAAAUGUCAACAGAUGUUUAGGUGCAUGACUUUUAGUAAGAGAACUCUGCUAUGUCUCAGUUGUAAAUACAAUUUGUCAAAUUUCUCUCAGUAACUAUGACAGCUCUGCAUGAACAGUAACUUAUAACAUUUUCUGCUGUAGUUGUGUUACUUAAUAAUGUGAACAGUGAGGAUAAAGUCAUACAUUUUACAAUUUAUAAGUAAAGGCAAUGAAGAGUUGCAUCAUUUAUAUCUGAAACAGAUUCUAGGAUUCCUAACUGAACAUUACAUACUUACGGCUACCCAGUGUAUUUGCAAAGCAGAUAAUGAAUCAAGAGCUGUACAUGAGUGAUUUAGAAAUAUACUGUACUAAAGUACAGAAACUGUUAGAAAAGAUCAGCAGAUCACAGAAAAUUAUACUGACUUCAAAGAACUGCAACUCAUUCUCCUUGAUGCUGCAUUUUCACUGCCAGUUAGCUGUUUCUUCUAAUCCUUUAAAACUUUUUACUGAUGUUUGGCAUGCCUACUUAGAGAUCUGUUUUUGGAAAAAUCUGACAUUUUGUCACUCCCUUCAAAUUUUCUGAUAAACAAACAUCUUAAGACUCAUACAGAAAUGUGUGGAAGAUUUAAAGAUCCUAAACAGAGAAAGCAAGAUGCGAAACCUGUCGACAUACAACUGAAAGAGAGAGGGAUGGUUUAAGCUUCCCUAUAACACACUUAAAAUUCAGAAUGGUACUGCAUUUGUUGUCAAAAUUAAGGCUAUCUGUUCUUGACAUGAAUUCCAGCUACUGAAGGUCAUACUUUCUGGUAGCAACAUACUUUGUAUAGCAAUGAAAUGCAUGUGUCAAAAUAAUGUACUUUAAAGG